CUGGGAGGGGGGCAAACCAGAUUUUUUUUGACAUAAAAGCAAGCCAGCCAAAAAUAUAUAAUUUUGUCCUUCAAGGAGCCGGUGUGUAAAGAGGACCAGAGACUCAGAGAGAGAGGAGACAUUCUUCUAAUGGAGUCCGCUUGAUACCCCGAAAUAAAAUAAUAAAUUUUGGCUCUUGUCCCCUCCUCCCACUCCCACCCCCUCAACCCUGUGUGAGAUGUUGGAUUUCUUCUUCAUGAGACAUUGUUGAGAAGUCGCAGUGGUUGGAGAGGCGGAGGGUAGACUACCUCUACUCCCCCCCCCUUUUUUCUCUCUGGGAGGAGGAGGAGGGGAAGGGGGUUGCAGAGCAAGCGAUGGAUGAGGAAAACAUGACGAAAAGCGAGGAGCAGCAGCCUCUGAGUUUGCAAAAAGCCUUACAGCAGUGCGAACUGGUCCAAAACAUGAUAGACUUGAGCAUCUCCAACCUGGAAGGGCUUAGGACCAAAUGUGCUACCUCCAACGACCUCACACAAAAAGAAAUCCGGACCCUGGAGAGUAAGCUGGUGAAGUACUUCAGCCGGCAGCUGUCCUGCAAAAAGAAGGUGGCCUUGCAGGAGCGCAACGCAGAGCUGGACGGCUUCCCCCAGCUACGGCACUGGUUCCGAAUCGUCGAUGUGCGCAAGGAAGUCCUGGAGGAAAUCUCCCCCGGCCAGCUGAGCCUGGAGGACCUCUUGGAGAUGACGGAUGAACAGGUGUGCGAGACCGUGGAGAAAUACGGAGCCAACCGGGAGGAGUGUGCCCGCCUCAACGCCUCCCUCUCCUGCCUCAGGAAUGUCCACAUGUCAGGAGGCAACCUUUCCAAACAAGACUGGACCAUCCAGUGGCCCACCACAGAGACGGGGAAGGAGAACAAUCCCGUGUGCCCCCCGGAGCCCACCCCGUGGAUCCGCACCCAUCUCUCCCAGAGCCCCAGGGUCCCGUCCAAGUGCGUCCAGCACUAUUGUCACACUAGCCCCACUCCCGGGGCCCCUGUGUACACCCACGUGGACAGGCUUACCGUGGACCCCUACCCGGGCUUGUGCCCGCCCCCGCCACUGGAGUCGGGCCACCGUUCCCUGCCCCCAUCGCCCCGGCAGCGGCACGCGGUCCGCACUCCGCCGCGCACCCCCAACAUCGUCACCACCGUGACCCCGCCGGGCACGCCGCCCAUGAGGAAGAAGAACAAGCUGAAGCCCCCGGGGACCCCACCGCCCUCCUCCCGAAAACUGAUACACUUGAUCCCGGGAUUCACCGCGCUGCAUCGGAGCAAAUCCCACGAGUUCCAGCUGGGGCACCGCGUGGAUGAGGCCCACACGCCCAAAGCCAAGAAGAAGAGCAAACCCUUGAACCUCAAGAUCCACAGCAGCGUAGGCAGCUGCGAGAACAUCCCCUCUCAGCAGCGCUCCCCGCUGCUGUCCGAGCGCUCCCUCCGCUCCUUCUUUGUGGGACACGCACCUUUCCUGCCUUCCACCCCUCCUGUUCACACUGAGGCCAACUUCUCCGCAAACACACUGUCAGUGCCACGCUGGUCCCCGCAGAUCCCUCGCAGAGAUCUCGGCAACUCCAUCAAGCACAGGUUUUCCACCAAGUACUGGAUGUCUCAGACGUGCACAGUCUGUGGGAAAGGGAUGCUUUUUGGCCUCAAGUGUAAAAACUGCAAGUUAAAGUGCCACAACAAAUGCACCAAAGAAGCCCCACCCUGUCAUCUUCUGAUCAUCCACCGAGGAGAUCCAGCAAGGUUAGUCCGGACAGAGUCCGUUCCAUGUGACAUCAACAACCCUCUACGGAAGCCACCUCGGUAUUCAGACCUGCACAUCAGUCAGACGCUCCCCAAAACCAACAAAAUCAACAAGGACCACAUCCCUGUCCCUUACCAGCCAGACUCCAGCAGCAACCCCUCCUCCACGACGUCCUCCACGCCCUCCUCGCCAGCACCCCCCCUCCCUCCUAGUGCCACGCCGCCUUCUCCCUUACACCCUUCCCCGCAGUGCACACGGCAGCAGAAGAACUUCAACCUGCCAGCAUCCCACUACUACAAAUACAAGCAGCAGUUCAUCUUCCCAGAUGUGGUGCCGGUGCCAGAGACGCCGACCCGGGCGCCCCAGGUCAUCCUGCAUCCGGUGACCUCGAAUCCAAUCUUGGAAGGAAAUCCAUUACUUCAAAUUGAAGUGGAGCCAACGUCGGAGAAUGAAGAGGUCCAUGAUGAGGCCGAGGAGUCAGAGGAUGACUUUGAGGAGAUGAACCUGUCCCUCCUCUCGGCCCGGAGCUUCCCACGCAAGGCCAGCCAGACCAGCAUCUUCCUUCAGGAGUGGGACAUCCCCUUUGAGCAGCUGGAGAUCGGCGAGCUCAUUGGAAAGGGCCGCUUUGGGCAAGUGUACCACGGCCGCUGGCACGGCGAGGUGGCCAUCCGGCUGAUUGACAUUGAGAGGGACAACGAGGACCAGCUCAAAGCCUUCAAGCGGGAGGUGAUGGCCUACAGGCAGACGCGGCAUGAGAACGUGGUGCUUUUCAUGGGCGCCUGCAUGAGCCCGCCUCACCUGGCCAUCAUCACCAGCCUCUGUAAGGGACGGACGCUCUAUUCAGUUGUGAGGGACGCCAAAAUCGUCUUGGAUGUCAACAAAACCAGGCAGAUUGCUCAAGAAAUUGUGAAGGGCAUGGGCUACCUCCACGCCAAGGGAAUCCUACACAAGGACCUCAAGUCAAAGAACGUCUUCUAUGACAAUGGCAAAGUGGUCAUCACGGACUUUGGACUCUUCAGCAUUUCUGGGGUGCUGCAGGCUGGCAGGCGGGAGGACAAACUGCGCAUCCAGAAUGGCUGGCUGUGCCACCUGGCACCAGAGAUCAUCCGCCAGCUGUCCCCCGACACAGAGGAGGAUAAGCUCCCCUUCUCCAAGCACUCUGAUGUCUUUGCCCUUGGCACAAUCUGGUAUGAACUCCACGCCAGGGAAUGGCCUUUCAAGACCCAACCAGCAGAGGCAAUAAUCUGGCAAAUGGGCACAGGCAUGAAACCCAACCUCAGCCAGAUUGGCAUGGGAAAAGAAAUCUCGGACAUUCUUCUCUUCUGCUGGGCCUUUGAACAAGAAGAGAGACCUACCUUCACCAAGCUCAUGGACAUGCUGGAGAAACUGCCAAAGCGAAACCGCCGCCUGUCUCACCCUGGACAUUUCUGGAAGUCUGCAGAGCUGUGACCUUUGGACUUCGGGACGGCACCCAGCUGCCUGGGCUCCCGUCACCUCUCCCUCCCUACUCUGUCCUCUGCCAGCUCAGGAGGCCAGAGACUCAGCAUCAGAGGGCACCCACCCCGACCGACCUGGGAGCACUGGACAACUGCUCGGCGGCCUCCCUGCACCUCAGACCUGAGCCCUUUUCCUCGGGCAGUGUUGGGGACCCCCGAGCUAGGACUGAACCGGACCAGCCAGGGUGAUGCAUUAUUGAUCAGUGCGGCCCAGGGGACAGCACAAAUGAGAGCACUGCAGGCUGCAUGUGGUGCCUUUGGGCUAUGGGACUAGGACAGGAGACCCCACGUGGGCAGGCUCACAGACGGGGCUAUGUGUGUGUGUGUGUCUGUGUUUGACGUUGUUCACUCUUGUUUCACCUUGACAAGCAAGAGCCAGACUGUCCCAAUGAUGGGGCACCCCUCAGUUCUGUCUGUGUGUGGUGGGUUCCAGCUGUGCCAUCUGGGAAGCUAAGAGAAGGGUACAGAGCCGAGUGGCAGCUUAGUCAAGGCUACUGAGCCAAGAUCGAGUAGGGAAGGUCGAGAGUGGCUAAGCUCGUUCCUUUGGAAAUACCUGUUUUCAGACACCCCAACCCAAGCCUGUCAUGGCGUGUGGCACCUUUGCAUAGAGCUCUGAAGUACAGUAGGAAGGUUAGAAUGUCUUUUGAGUUCUGGGUCUCUCUGGGGGACCUAUUCCCCCAUUUCUGCUGUUUUUUCCUGUUCUCUGAGAGUAGCAUCCCUUUUCGCCUCACUGCCCCCACCUCCUUGCCAUUUGGAAAGCCAAGAUGAUGUCUGAGGGGCUGCUUAGAGCUCACCGUCAUUCAGGGCACCCUCUGAAGUCUGGUCCCUGAGAAAAUCAGGGCUCUGGGCAGGGAGUUCUAGGACAUUCCUUUUCUUCCUUCUUCUCUGCUACUCACACCAGUGAAGCUUAUUCCCCCACCAAGGUGGAUGCGGGUCCUUGGGAUACGUUUAUGUUGGGUUAUGUGGUUGUACCUAUGAUAACACAUUUGCGAAAGAUAUCCCUGCCUGUCACCCUUAAGGAGUCCUGUUGGGGGAGCACAAAGGGAGGAUGUUUGUUACAGUUCUGCGUUCUUCGCUCUAGCCUGGUGCGGGGUCCUCAAGUGGCUUCCCCGUCGGAAGCCUGUGUCCCUCACCUGUGUGUGUUCCCUCAGUGCCCCACCUUCCCUCCCUCCUCUUGAUCCCAACCUGGGCCGGCGACUCUUCCUGACCAUGUUGGGGAAGCCCCUGGUGUUCUGUAGGAAGGAUGCCGAGAGCAGGCUGGACAUGCAGAUGGGAGAGGAGAGCCUCUGGGUCAUUUGCCCAUGUUUUCAAAGCCCUGACCCCCUGGAUGUGACCUGGCACAAAAGAGAAAUGUGUCCCCAAGCAGAGCAAUAACAGGAGUAUCUGGGCAGUGAACAGGAAGCCCAGGGCGGCCACAGCCCCUCUGUAUUUCCUGGGUACUACCUGGGCCUUAGUUUUCUUGUAGCUACUAUCUAUCCAGGCAUCUCCCUCCUAGAGAGCCAGAGAGAGGAACUGGAACUUCAAAAACCCUGCCUGAUCUUACUUUCAAAAUCCAAAUAGACCUAUGGGGAUCUCUUCCCCACCUUGUGUGGCUCCCAGACUGGUUCAUGCUCUGGGGGCCAAACCUGCUUCCAAACCGGGAAGAAUGGUGAGACCAGUCAUGCUUCCCAGGAGCCUGGCUACAGGAAACCCCUGUGUUUCCCAAAGGGCCCUCCUGAAUUGCCUUUCCAACUCUCCCAGCUUACUGGGACUAGAGGACUAAAGACCCCGGCUUGGGCUGCUCCUGAGUGGACACUGCUCUUCUGGGGACAUCUAUGGCUCUUGGCUUGACGACGUGUGUGUGUCUUGGAGGCAUUUUAUACAUGUUUGCUUGAGCCCCAGCCACUCCGGGGUUGCUGGGGAUGGCUCUUGUCAAUGGACACCUCCCCAUCCCAACACAACACUCUGUGUCCCAGCCCUGGGCCUGGACUUGCACCUGUCUUGGCUCUGCCCAGCAGCCUACUGAGUGCCUGAAACCCAACCACUCACUUCUCUUCCAUCACACCAGGACUUCUUGGGUCCACGGGCUCCAGUCCUUGUCAUGUUCCCUUGUGCCGAGAGACAGGAUAUGAGGAAGGGAAGAGGCAGCCAGGGUCUACUACCCUGCAGCUGAAAUGUCCACAAGAACUGGCACCUUCUCACUCUUGCCUCUCCCAUUUCCAGAAUUAGCUAAAAUGUCCAGCCACAGCCUUUGCAAGGCCUAGCAUGGUCUCCAACAGCUGAUUUUUCCAUUCAUUCAUGAGCACCAGUUUGGGAUUAAGGACAGGGCCUGAGUGAUCCAGGGGGAAAACCCAGCCCUUUGUGGAACAGGCUACCUUGGGUCCAUCCCUGAAUCUGUGUCACUUGCUCUUGACUUCUCGAUCUUUCCCCACUUCACUACUCUGUCCCCACCUGCAUUGGUCUCUGCUGCAGCCAGGCCAGGCUCCUGGCCUUCAGUCCCUUCCUGACACCCCUACCCUGUCCCCUCUACACUGCCCUGACUUGUUGAGAAACCAGCUUUAAUUUGCACACAUUUAAAUCCAGGAAGAACCAAACCACUGCUUUCCCCGCUGGCUUCCAUCUUUAUUCACUGAUGAAGUUUUGGGAGGAGGUUAUAUUCAUCUUACGCAGGGAGGAAAAAAAAAAAAAAGGAAAGAGGUUGUAUAUUUUCACAUCAUAAUUACCAGCCUCACCUGCAACUCAUUCUAUACAAUCCACACAACCAAGAUUUGUGUGUUUGCCCUUGUCCCAUCACAGCUGCACGCAGGUGCCCUGUACACAUAAGUCACUGACUCAACAGCGAGUUGUUCCAGUCUGUCUUGCUUUUAGCAAACCCUCAUAUACAUGGGCUUCCCAAGGGGACCAGUCCACAGGGUGAAGAUUCACCAGGAAGCCUUGGCUUUGCAGAGAGAAACAUCUCAGCUUUCUUUAAAGGGCAUGUGGAUUUGCACAUAAAUUUCACCCAACUCUUCCAGGAUACAGAUUGUUCAUAAAACCAAGGAGCUUCCUUCUUGGCCUCCUGUGGGAGGACAUGCCCCGUGUGUCCCCCUCCCCAGAGCCAAUCUGGAAACCCAAAGUCAUUACUUAGAUCCAUUUUGUCCUGGUAUUCCUUUUACUGAUCAAAGAGAAAGUUUUCAUCUUGCCAUGGACCCCCCAUCCUCACCCCAUCCACUUGUCUCCACAGCUACCUUGGAUUGUCAGUCAAUAGAAGCCCUUGACUGAUAUUGAUCACUAGACUUUUGUAUCCAGGGAACCUAGUUCUUCCCUUUUUCUCACCUCCCAUGCCAUAUACACACAACAUGCCCCUCCCCACAAACACACAAAACCAGCCUUAUCUCACCUUCCACCAUUCCCAUCCCCAGCUACAGCUGAUCAUCAAAGGCAAACAGAGGAAGUAGUAGACACAGCGCUCAGGCCAAUCAUUAUCUUGAGAAAUCUAAACCCGGGGCUGGCAGGCUAUGCCCCAUAGGCCAUAUCCAGCCUGCCAAAUGGUUUUUACAUGUUUUAAUUGAGGAAAA